AGACAGGAGGUGGAUUAGUUUGGCAGUGUUUUUAGGUUGAUCCGCAUCAUGGCAGUGCCUCAGCUGGGAUAUGGAGACGUGGUCACUGCCGGCAAGGGCUCGGCUUUGACUGGUCUGCAGGCAGUGUUUGUGGAGAGGCGAGCAGCGAUGCUGGCUUCUCCCGGAGCCGCUCUCAGCCUGGGAGUUCCCCCGCCUCUCCACGCUCUCUUGGCUCGCUACCCCGGCACCUAUCCCAUUCCACAGGGAUACAGUCUUCAGCCGUAUCCCGAUCUCAGACAUCUAUCCCAUCUGGCUUCGCCCUACGACCUGAAAACCGGUUGCGUCUAUUCCCAUGCCAGCUUUCCUCCCGCCGGCACCCUGUACUCUCCUUACCGGCCCAUGGCGCACGGGGAUGCGGGUCGAGCCAAGAAUGCCACCCGGGAGAGCACCAGCACCCUGAAGGCCUGGCUGAACGAACACUUGAAGAAUCCAUACCCGACCAAAGGGGAAAAGAUCAUGUUGGCCAUCGUCACCAAAAUGACCCUGACUCAAGUCUCCACUUGGUUCGCUAACGCCAGGAGGCGACUGAAGAAAGAGAAUAAAAUGACUUGGGUGCCCAAAACCAAGUCGGACGAGGAGGACAGUGAAAGCGAAGAUGAAGAGGAUAAGAAAGGAGAGGAUGUGAAACAGUCCAGAAGUGCUGCCAAGCAGCCGGUCAGGGAACAAUGUAGAGGUGGCUUGGAAGCAUCUUCUCCGGGAUGUGGCGACAGAGCGCCGGCCGAGGAUAUCACCGGCUGUGACAAGGAACGGGGUCACGGUUUGCGGACAAACUUGGAGCCGAAUGAGAUGAGAAAAUCGGAACUGGGCUCGACUGAGGAGGAAGGCGAUGCGAAGGUGGCAGUCGCCACUGGACCCAGAGAGGGAAUCGCUGCUCUCAAACCCAAGAUAUGGUCCCUGGCAGAAACUGCCACCUCCGACCACGGGAAGAGCAGUCGGGUUGGUCUGAACGGAGAGCAGCCAGUGCCUCCCGCCCCGGUCGCUCACUACAGAAUCUGGGCUGGCGCCUGUUUCACAGACUCGGGGCAGCUCGUGUUCAACAACCAUUGCAGGAGAGAGUCAAAGAGAGGACUUGUGGGCCCCGAUCAAUGAGAGGAGGUGAAUGCAAACCGGGGUGUGAACCGUGAAGGUUCUGUCGGUUGAAUAAACUCCUGGCAUUCUGCACUUUCAUCUGGCCUGACGACCUCUCACGGACGAUGCCUGUCAGUAGUGUGGGCCAACACACGCCCUCAGUAGCUGUGGGUUAAUGGAAGCGGGCGGAGGCCCAAUGGAUUAAUUUAUAGCAAUUAUCGCGACUUUAGUUCAAUUCUCGAUAAUUAACACAGCAGAGUGCAACG